CAUUAUAGAGCAGUGGAAGCCCCUGGAUCCCGAAGGCAAGAAGCAGUACGACCGGGAGUUCCUGCUGGAUUUCCAGUUCAUGCCCGCCUGCAUCCAGAAGCCAGAGGGGCUGCCGCCCAUUAGCGAUGUGGUUCUCGACAAGGUGAGAGGAGAGCCCAUCAAACAGGUCAAUCAGCCCAAAUUGCCCCUGCGGACGCUGGACCCCCGGAUCCUGCCUCGAGGCCCUGACUUCACGCCAGCCUUCGCCGAUUUUGGGAGGCAAAGCUCCGGGGGAAGAAGCGUGGCUGGAAGUGCCUGCAAAGUGCAGAGCAACCCUGGAUUGCCUCCCCUGGCUCGGUGCGCCUCCCCAGCAUGCCCUCUCUUGGUCUCGCCUCACCCACCAUUGAGGAACCUGCCGAUAGGGUUGUUGAAUGUUGGACCGAGGAGAUCUCAGCCGGGCCAGAGGCGAGAGCCCAGGAAGAUCAUCACUGUGUGCGUGAAGGAGGACGUGCACCUCAAGAAGGCAGAGAACGCCUGGAAGCCCAGCCUGAAGAGAGAGAACCAGACCGAGGACCCCGAAAAUGUCAAAACGCAGGAGCUGUUCCGCAAGGUACGAAGCAUCUUAAACAAGUUGACGCCCCAGAUGUUCAAUCAACUAAUGAAGCAAGUAACAGACCUGACCGUAGACACAGAAGAGAGGCUGAAAGGAGUCAUCGACCUGGUCUUUGAGAAGGCCAUUGAUGAGCCGAGCUUCUCGGUGGCCUACGCAAACAUGUGUAGAUGCCUCGUAACGCUGAAGGUGCCCAUGGCAGACAAACCUGGGAGCACAGUGAAUUUUCGCAAGUUGCUGUUGAAUCGCUGCCAGAAGGAAUUUGAAAAAGACAAAGCCGACGACGACGUCUUUGAAAAGAAGCAGAAAGAGCUUGAAGCUGCUACCACUCCGGAGGAGAAGACACGGCUCCACGACGAGCUGGAAGAGGCCAAGGACAAAGCUCGGCGGAGAUCCAUUGGGAAUAUUAAAUUCAUUGGUGAACUUUUCAAGCUCAAAAUGCUGACGGAGGCCAUCAUGCAUGACUGCGUGGUAAAGCUGCUGAAAAACCACGACGAGGAGUCCCUCGAGUGCCUUUGCCGCCUGCUAACUACCAUUGGCAAGGACCUGGACUUUGAGAAAGCAAAGCCUCGCAUGGACCAGUAUUUUAAUCAGAUGGAGAAGAUUGUGAAAGAGAGGAAAACGUCUUCGAGGAUUCGGUUCAUGCUUCAGGACGUAAUAGACCUCAGGCUGUGCAACUGGGUUUCGCGGCGAGCAGACCAGGGCCCGAAGACCAUUGAGCAGAUUCACAAAGAAGCCAAGAUUGAAGAGCAGGAAGAACAGAGGAAGGUCCAACAACUCAUGACCAAAGACAAGAGGAGACCGGGUGUCCAGCGGGUCGAUGAAGGCGGUUGGAACACUGUGCAAGGGGCGAAGAACAGCAGAGUGCUGGACCCCACCAAGUUCCUUAAAAUCACCAAGCCCACAAUAGAUGAGAAGAUACAGCUUGUGCCUAAAGCCCAGUUGGGCAGCUGGGGCAAGGGCAGCAGUGGUGGAGCCAAGGCGAGCGAGAUGGACUCCCUACGACCAAGUGCCACUAGUCUGAACAGAUUUUCUGCGCUGCAGCCUCCAGUCUCAUCCGUAUCUGCCUCAUCUGCAUCCUCAGAGUUAGAUUCUCGCAGGGCCUUAACUAGUCGCGGGAGCACGGGCAGGGAGAAGAACGACAAACCUCUCCCGCCUUCGCUGUCCCGUCCCAACACCUUCCUUCGGGGCAGCAGCAGCAAGGAGCUGCUGCUGGACAACCAGGCGCAGGAGGAGCAGCGGCGGGAGAUGCUGGAGACGGUGAAGCAGCUGACGGGCGGCAUGGAGAUGGAGAGGAACAGCUCGGAGCCGGACAGGAGCAAAGCCAAGGAGCCCGCCAAGCCAGAAGCUCCCCCAGCUCCCGUACAAGAGAAGCCUUCGUUAUCAGAAGAGGAAAUAGAGAGAAAAUGCAAAUCUAUCAUUGAUGAGUUCUUACAUAUUAAUGAUUUUAAGGAAGCGAUGCAGUGCGUGGAGGAGCUGAGCGCCCAGAACCUGCUGCCUGUUUUCGUGCGAGUGGGAGUGGAGUCGACGCUCGAGAGGAGCCAGAUCACCAGGGAUCACAUGGGCCAGUUGUUGUAUCAGCUGGUGCAGUCAGGAAAGCUGAGCAAGCAGGAUUUCUUCAAGGGGUUUUCAGACACCUUGGAGAUGGCAGAUGAUAUGGCCAUAGAUAUCCCUCAUAUUUGGUUGUACCUAGCUGAGUUGGUGACCCCCAUGUUAAAAGAAGGAGGAAUCUCUAUGAGAGAACUCAUGCAAGAAUUUAGCAAACCUUUGCUUCCUGUGGGAAGAGCCGGGGUCUUGCUUGCUGAAAUCUUGCACCUUCUAUGCAAACAAAUGAGCCAUAAGAAAGUGGGAGCCUUAUGGAGGGAGACUGGCCUCAGUUGGAAGGACUACUUACCUGAAGGGGAGGAUGUACAUACCUUUCUCAUGGAACAAAAGUUGGACUUCAUGGAGUCCGACUGUUCCAGUUCCUCAGAAGCACUUUCAGAGAAGGAACUCUCUGCGGAAGAGCUGAACAAACAGCUAGAAAAACUCAUCGUUGAGGACAAGGCGAACGACGAACAAAUCUUUGACUGGGUAGAGGCUAAUCUAGAUGAAAGCCAGAUGAGUUCACCUACAUUCCUUAGAGCUUUAAUGACAGCAGUUUGCAAAGCAGCUAUUAUAGCGGACUCUUCUAGCUUCCGUGUGGACAACGCUGUUAUCAAGCAGAGAGUGCCCAUCUUACUCAAGUACCUAGACUCAGACACAGAGAAGGAACUACAAGCACUUUAUGCACUACAAGCAUCAAUAGUAAAACUUGAUCAACCUCCUAAUCUGUUGCGGAUGUUUUUUGAUUGCCUGUACGACGAGGAGGUGAUAUCGGAGGAUGCCUUCUACAAGUGGGAGAGCAGCAAGGACCCCGCGGAGCAGAACGGGAAGGGAGUCGCGCUCAAAUCCGUCACGGCGUUCUUCACGUGGCUACGGGAGGCCGAAGAGGAGUCGGAGGAUAAUUAAAACUUAAAAAAUACAGAGAGAAAAAAAAAAGAAAAAAAAAGAAACAAUUUAAGUAUUUUUUUAAAAAGUUUCACGUCUUCGCCAAUCACAGUGCAGCAAGGCCAAUUCUCGCGCAGACCCCCCCUUCCCCACACAUGCACGAGUGGGAGAGGUAAAAAUAGCUAAACACAAAGGUGAUCAUGGAGGAAAAAAAGGUACUUGAAAACAAACAAACAAACAAAAACGUCAAACCUGAGGGCGGGAGCACUAAACCAAAAUACAUGUAUUAUUUAUAGAAAAUAUUUUCUGUUUUAAUCUUUUUUUUUUCUUUCCUUUUUAAACAAGGACUCAUACUUACAGAAACACAAAGCGAAACGAAUCUGUUUAGCACAAAAAAAAAGUUGAAAACUUUUAAUUUAUUAUUUUAAGGACUGCAAAUGCCAGUGUAAUUUUUAAAUUUGCAGUUUCUGUAAACAAAUUGUAUAAUAGAACAAAAACAGAGAAAUAAAUUUCCCUCCCCUUCCUACGCACCUCAGUUUUGUUUCAAAGCAUGAUAACUAGACAAAACUUUCAAGGGGGUUGGGGUAAGCUAGAUGAGGAAGAGAGAAAUUUUUUUUAAUUGUCAUCAGAUUUUUUUGCCUGCCUCUCAGCUUGCUUCAGAAAUUUAAAAGAAAAAAAUAAUAAUCAAAACGUACAUAACCUUGGAACGGAAGGAAAUGCAUUUGAGAAAACUGCUGUGGACCAGAGUGCUCCGAAAAUAACUCGUUCAAAACAGUGCUAUCCUGGGGGAAAACAAAAAAACAAAAGUACUAGUGAUACUUUCAGAACCUUUAGAGCAACUUUAAGGCUUGUAAAUACAUAGAACAAAUAUUUAAAAAAAAAAAAAGAAAAAAAAAGGAAAAAAAA